GACAUAAAAUUCUUUGGAAAAAGUAAAAUUAAAAUGAAAAUCAUAUGCUGUCAUUCAUCAUUUAAUGGCAUUCUUGUUGAACUUUUCUUGAGUACAGUCGUGUGUUUUGGUUUAUUUAAAAUGAAUGUAGAACAAUUAAUAAGUGAAGUUUUUUCUCGGCCGGCUUUGUGGGAUCAGAAAAAUAAAUGUUAUCAUAACCGUGUUUUAGUGGAAAAGCUAUGGAUGUCCGUUGCUUCAGAAAUGAAAAUACCAAAGGAAGACUUAAAAAAAAAUGGAAGUAUUUACGCGAUCAAUUUCGAUGUGAAGUACGCAAAAUUCCAACUCCAAAAUCGGGGGAUGCCGCAUCACAAAUUACUUCGAGUUGGCCUUAUUUCAAUUUUCUACUGUUUUUAAAGGACCAAAUGAAAUUCAGAAAUUUAAGUGGUAAUUUAAAAGCGUCAAGUGUAAAAGCUACCCAAGAAGAGGUUGUAUAUGAAGAAGAAAUUGAAGAUAUUCUCAACACUUCACAAGUCGAAGAAACAAGAGAUCUGUACGACAAUGACGAGUUCAGCUGUGAAGUUCCAUCGAAAAAAAAAAUACCUCUAACAGCACUGCCCAAUUGUUGGAAAUUGAAAAAAGAAAAUUGGCACUGCUGGAAAAUAAAAAAAUGAAAAAAAAAAGACUGUAUUGGAUGAAGAUGAAGCAUUUUUCGUAACUCUUUUGCCGCAUAUUCGGAAGUUGGACCCAGAGAAUAAAUUUCUGUGUCGAAUGGAAAUGCAAAAUGUACUUUAUAAAUAUAUGCAAAAGUUAAAAAUAUGCCCACACUGUCCAAUGAAACUUCAAGAUACGCGCCUUUGUCUUCACCAACCAGCGUUUCUUCUGAAAGCUACCAGAUAAAUUCUUUAGACCUUAGCACAACUCCUUGUUUUCAACCGAUCUCAUUUACCACAGUUGAAGGUACAAAUAUACCAUCAACUUCAUCAUCAUUGGUUCCAGACCAAAAUACAAUGGAAACUGUAAUUUAUUCAUCUUUAAAUUCCUCUUAAUUAAUUUAUAUUAUUUAUUUUUAAUUUUUUUUUUAAUUUUUCUUUUUAUUUAUAAAAAAAUGUAUUCAUGAAUUUAAUACGAUAUAAAAUGAAUUUAAUACAAUAAAUACAAAUAUAUAAAACAUAAAAAAUUUCUUACCUGAGA